UGCUGACCUAUGUAACGGUAAGCCUGACAAUGACCUAAGCGAGGCUGACCGUACCAGGAUAGCGAGUUUUUUCGCCAUGGCAUCUGAUGGCUGUACCCACGACAUCAGCGCUGAUCUGAGGACAAGGUUGAGAAAAGCUGUUGAAGAGGAAGCAAGGUCAACUAUGGUUCAGGGUGCCUACUCGGGCAUUCUUCCCAUGAUGUUCCUGGCAGGUUUUGUGGAGCAUCCCAUCCUGCUGUACUGCCAGGAUCCUGACUAUAACAACUGGUUGAUGUCUCCAUGCUCAUGUGUACAGCUGGACAGUCAACCACAGCUGGAGGUCAUGUUGGUGGGGACAACGGGCGAAAAACUGAACCACUAUGUAGGCCUCAUCCCUACAGCUGACGAGCAAGGAUCCUCUGGAAACUUGACUGAGACUGAUGGAAACUCCAAUGCCAAAGACCACGCCGAUGAAGCCCCUGAAGUGCAGGAUGAUAUUAGGGAGAUGAGCUUGAGCUUUGACAGCCCGCCACAGAAAGAUAACGAGGCGACACCUCUGCUGUCUCAGCCUCCUCAACCAGAGAAAAAAAUUACGAGAAGACUUGUCCCACAGAUGCAAGUGUUCGAGAUCCCCUUCAGCAUCAGGCAUAAGCUGACAACCCAGCUGAGUGUGAACCGAGAUGAUGGGAGAGACUGGCGGCUCCUGGCAGAUGAGUUAGGCUACAAUGAGUACAUCGCCCUCUGGGACCAACAGAAAGGCCGAGGAGACCUUCCUGCAGAAAGGCUGCUGAAGUGUUGGAGAUCAAAGAAGGAAGCAACUGUAGGGAGGUUAAGGGAAAUUUUAUUGGAACAUAAAAUGGGAGCUAUAGCCCAUAUUCUGGAUACUGAAUAUUGAAGUUAGAUGUAUCAGCACACUCGUGCUAACAUCAACUUUCAUAAUUCACGUAACGUUAAAAAAAAGUGCCUU